CGUGGAUCACGUGACAGGCCAAGAUGGCGGUGCCCGGCGAGGCGGAAGAAGAUGCGGCCGUUUACUUAAUAGUGAGUGGCAUCCCCUCGGAGUUGCGCUCGGCCCAGCUGCGGAGCUACUUCAGCCAGUUCCGGGAGCAGAGCGACUGCGGCUUCCUUUGUUUCCAUUACCGGCACCGUCCUGAGCGGGCCCCUCCGCUGGCUACUCCCGCAUCUGCCCUAACUCCUACCGGCCAGAGUCUUGCCCAGACUUCAGUCACCGACGGCCGCACGCGGGACUCUGUCCCCGUCCAGACCCGCACCUGCUGCUGUGUCGUCUCCGUCCGAGGGUCCGCUCAAGCCCAGAAGUUUCUUCGCAUGUAUUCCGGCCGCCAGUGGCUAGAUUCUCAGGGGACUUGGUUGCCCAGUCGUUGUUUCAUCCGCAAACUUCGGCUACCUACUGAGGCAGCAGGUUUGGGCUCCUUUCCCUUCAAGACCCGGAAGGAACUGCAGAGUCGGAAGGCUAAGAGUGAAGCCUUCACCCUCGCUGACCUGAGACAACUGCCAGAGCUGAACCCACCAGUGCUAAUGCCCAAUGGGAAUGUGGGGACGCCCCUGCAGGUCUUUUUGGAGUUGAUCCGGGCCUGCCGCCUGCCCCCUCGCAUCAUCACCCAGCUGCAGCUCCAGUUCCCCAAGACAGGCUCCUCCCGACGCUACGGCAAUGUACCAUUCAGGUAUGAGGAUUCAGAGACUGUGGAGCAGGAAGAGCUUGUGUACACGGCUGAGGGUGAGGAAAUACCCCAGGGAACCUGCCUGACAGACAUACCAGCCAGCCUCUGUGGAGACCCCGAGGAAGAAGGGGAAAAGGAGGAGGAAGAAUCACACUCAGAUGAUGACGAUGACCGUUGUGAGGAGUGGGAACGGCAUGAAGCGCUGCAUGAGGAUGUGACUAGGCAGGAGCGUACCACUGAGCGGCUCUUUGAGGAGGAGAUCGAGCUCAAGUGGGAGAAGGGCGGCUCUGGCCUGGUGUUCUACACAGAUGCUCAGUACUGGCAGGAGGAAGAAGGAGACUUUGAUGAACAGACAGCCGAUGACUGGGAUGUGGACAUGAGCGUGUACUACGACAGAGAUGGUGGAGACAAGGAUGCCCGAGACUCUGUCCAAAUGCGCCUGGAACGGAGACUCCGUGAUGGCCAGGAGGAUGGCUCCGUGACUGAAUGCCAGGUGGGCACCUUUGAGCGCCACACCAAGGGCAUUGGGCGGAAGGUGAUGGAGCGACAGGGCUGGGCUGAAGGCCAGGGCCUGGGAAGCCAGUGCUCAGGGGUGCCUGAGGCCCUGGAUAAUGAUGGCCAGCACCCCAGAUGUAAGCGUGGACUGGGGUACCACGGAGAGAAGCUACAGCCAUUUGGGCAAAUGAAGAGGCCCCGCAGAACUGGUUUGGGACUCAUCUCCACCAUCUAUGAUGAACCUCUGCCCCAGGACCAAGGGGAGUUGCUGCUCCGACGCCAGCCACCCACCAGCAUGAAGUUUCGGACAGAUAUGACCUUUGUGAGGGGUUCCAGCUCUGCCUUUGACAGCUUCUCAGAGCCUGAGUGACGAGUUCAGGGACUUCCUUCGUCAGGAUCACUCAUUACUGCCCUGGCCUUUUCUCCCACCGAAGCAGGAAGAAGUCUGGGAGCAGCAACUUGCCGCGCUCCUUCAGGGUGCUUUGUUCUGAACUUGCCUUCUGGCUCUCUACCUCAGGGGCAUUUUUUCAAAAAAGCCCCCUAUCCUCCCCUUUGAUAUUAGGACUUAAUGACCGCUCUUAGUUGAUCUCCUAAUCCUGGUCCGUUUGGGCUUGCCCCUGUCACCUCCCCCAGUACCUUGAAAAGCUGGAUUGACUGAGGUUAUCAACACAGCCUUCUUUGGGUGGUGUCACCUUGAAGGUCAGAAAGAAUGAGAAAGGGACCUGGAAGAGAAGAGGAUUUGUGGUGCUCGGAAGAGACGGUCUUGGGGCGGGCCUUCCACUGCCUCUCCCCCUGACCGGCUGGGACUAGACGGCAGAGAAUCAGCGGGAGGUGGUCCGGAUCUGCGAUCGAAUGGUAGAAUAAAGAAGUUUAUGACCGGA